CGGCUCUCAAGCGGACAAGUCCGUCGAGUCUCUCCGGAGCCGAGAAGAGAAUCCGGCCCCCUCUUCCUUUCCGGCGGGCGAAAGCCGCCCUCCCUCCCUGCCGCCGCCCCCUCUCCCGCCUGGCGGAGCCUUUCCUUCUCCAGCGCCCCGGGGCCGACCUGGCCGGAAGUCCGGCGAUGCCAGAGGUUUCCUAGUCAACGUCAACAUGUUCAGCAAGAAGAAAAAACGCAUUGAGAUCUCGGCUCCUUCCAACUUUGAGCAUCGGGUCCACACGGGAUACGACCAGCAAGAGCAGAAGUUCACUGGGCUGCCAAGGCAAUGGCAGGGCAUCAUCGAGGAGUCAGCCAAGCGGCCAAAGCCUCUGGUGGAUCCCGUCUGCAUCACGGCUGUUCAGCCGGGAUCCCAGAAGAUCAUUGUGCGAGGGAACAAAACGGCCAAGGACGGGUCCCUGGCCUGGCUGCUGGAUGAGUUUGAGAACAUGUCCGUGUCGCGCUCCAACUCUCUGCGCAGGGACAGCCCUCCUUUCCCGCCCCGGCACGACCAGCUCUACCAGGAGAAUGGCCUGAACGAGGCCCUGGCCAGGGCCAGGCCCCCGCACCCCCACCACCCCCACCACCUGGACGAGGACACCGGGGGCGGCCGGGGCAAAGAACCCAGGGAGCGGAACCGCCACAGAGCCCGAAAUGACCUGGACCAGAUCAGGGAGAGGAGCCAGGACGACAGGAUGGCCACACAGCAGCAGCAGCAGCAGCAACACCCUCGGGGGCAGGAGCCCACCGGCAAACCUCACCCGCUUUCUGGCCACCACCGGCCACCACCACCCGAAUACCACAAGCCCGCCUCGGACCACCAACACAGAGCACAUCCCCGGGAUGGGAGGAGGGAGCCGCCCACAGAGAGAGCGCCCCCUGAUCGUGUGGUCAGGAGGGAGCGCGUGGACGGCCCUGACAAAAGACCCAAGUCUGCCUACACUGGGGAGACCAGCCCACCAUCCCCCCGGGAAAAGCGGCCCCUCUCGGGCCCCAAUAUCCGGACCCCCAAUCUCCCUGUCUCUGAGGGGGUCAUGAAAACAGCACAGCAGACCGGACGGCCUUUUAAUACAUAUCCACGAGCAGACACCGACCCUGUCAGGGGUGCUCAGGCUGAGCAGAGACCUGGGAAGCCUCAAGAAGCAGCAGCCAAUGGCCCUUUAAGUGGAAACAGCAGCUCCUCCAGGGGCCUCCCGUCAGGCCCAGCAAAAUCCAGGAACCCAGAGCCACCCCACCCAGGACUGUCUCAACAUGCUUCCGAGCCCCACUUAACACACGUCCCUUCUCAUGUCCCCCAGCCUCCAUACACUCCGCAGCCUCCUCCGCCACAGCCCCCCCAGCAGCCUCCUGGCCCAGCCCCGCCAGGCCCACAGCAGCCACGCUCCCCACAGCGCGAGCCCCAGCGGGUCUCCCACGAACAGUUUCGCGCCGCCCUACAGAUGGUGGUUGAUCCAGGCGACCCCAGGACCUACCUGGACAACUUCAUCAAGAUCGGCGAAGGCUCCACGGGCAUCGUCUGCAUUGCCACCGUCAAGAGCACUGGGAAGCUGGUGGCCGUCAAGAAGAUGGACCUUCGCAAGCAGCAGAGGCGGGAGCUGCUCUUCAAUGAGGUGGUGAUCAUGAGAGACUACCAGCAUGAGAACGUGGUGGAGAUGUACAACAGUUACCUGGUGGGUGAUGAGCUGUGGGUUGUCAUGGAAUUCCUAGAAGGAGGUGCUUUGACUGACAUUGUCACGCACACGAGGAUGAAUGAAGAGCAGAUUGCGGCUGUCUGUCUGUCAGUCCUGAAGGCGCUUUCAGUCCUCCACGCCCAGGGGGUCAUCCACCGCGAUAUCAAGAGCGAUUCCAUUCUGCUCACGCAUGAUGGCCGGGUCAAACUUUCUGACUUUGGAUUUUGCGCACAAGUGAACAAGGAGGUGCCGCGGCGGAAAUCCCUCGUUGGAACUCCAUACUGGAUGGCGCCUGAGCUGAUCUCCCGGCUGCCCUAUGGCCCAGAGGUUGACAUCUGGUCCCUUGGGGUGCUGGUGAUAGAAAUGGUGGACGGGGAGCCCCCUUACUUCAACGAGCCUCCUCUAAAAGCAAUGAAGAUGAUCCGGGACAACCUGCCCCCCAAACUAAAAAAUGUGCACAAGGUUUCUCCCUCCUUGAAAGGAUUCCUUGACCGUUUGCUGGUCAGAGACCCAGCCCAGAGAGCCACCGCCAGCGAACUCUUGAAGCACCCCUUCCUAGGGAAAGCUGGGCCCCCUUCCUGCAUUGUGCCCCUGAUGAGACAGAACCGGAUGAGAUGAGAGAGGCAAAAGCAGCUGGACACCUGACCAAAGAGCGAGCAAGAGAGGCAGCCUUCACAAUCCCCCGGGCAGCCCCCCCCCCAAGGCAGCUGUUCUCGCCAUCGUUAGGGCUUGUUGCUCCCCUUCUCGCUCCCCUCUUCCCUGGGGGAGUGCUGUGAGUUCCUCCAGGCCGCCUGGGUGGAAAGGGCUCUUCGAGGGAGAUUCGUCAUCUCUCGUGGCACUCCCGGGCAGCCUUUCCUCAUGGACUCUUCUUUGCCUGCGGACGACGCUGGAGCCUGAGAUCUCUACACAGAAGUCCAGGUCGCCAGCCCCUGCUGCUGGUUUCCCACCUCUGGCAGGGACACACGCUCUGCGCGCCACCGUUCUGUACUACUGAGUUUGGCAGAUUGGGGUGGGGGAGAGGUUAAAAGGCUGUAACAUU